AUGAGGCAUUUCCUGAUCAUCGCAAUUCUGCUGUUUCAGAAGUUCACAGUGACUGAACAACUUAAAAGAUGCUGGAGUAACUAUGUACAAGGACACUGCAGGAAAAUAUGCAAAACAACUGAAAUACGUGAAGUACUAUGUGAAAAUGGGAGAUAUUGUUGCCUCAAUAUCCUGAAAGUGGAAGCACGUAAAAAAAUUACAAAGCCACCUCGUCCAAAGUAUACAUAUUCAUUCACUUUUCCUCAAGAUUAUCAGUAA